AUGUCAGUGCAAAUGUUUCUGAAGUUAGAGGAAGCAUUAAAAGUAUUUAAUAGGUUAGAUUCAGAUGAGAGCGAAGUUGAAAUUGCUGUGUUACCACCAAAUGCCAGUGAACUAACUGACGAAGAUGAAGGGGAUGCGAAUGAAGUAAAUACUGGUGAGAUUAUUGUAACCGAUGUUCCUGGGUCUCUGGAGUUUAUAACUGGAGAUAGUUUCCGGCUUGAACCGUCCACAAGCUCUAGUGUUUCCACAACAAACAUUUAUCUUUUGGAAAGUCUUGGUGAACAGGGUUUUCGAGCUACAGCAACCAUACGAGAAAAUCGGCUAAACCACGAGUUUCCUUUAGAAGAAUCCAAGUCUAUGCGGAAGAAAGAAAGAGGCACGUCUGAUUUUGCAUUUGACGAGAAAUCUGAGAUUUUCCUGGUGCGAUGGAAUGAUAAUAGUACUGUCACUGUUGCUGCAAAUUUCAGCACUUUCGAACCAUUCUUUGAUCUGAAGAGGUGA